UGUGAGAUGAUGAUUAAAGCUGAUAUCUGGUUAAUCAGAACCUACUGGGAUUUUGAGUUUCCAGAGCCGUUUCUGCCUAACUUCAAAUACGUUGGAGGCCUUCACUGCCGCCCUGCCAAACCAUUACCAGAGGACAUGGAGGAGUUUGUACAGAGCUCAGGGGAUGAUGGGAUUGUGGUCUUCAUUACUUCAGAGUAAUAUGAUCGCCUCCGCACUGGCACAGAUUCCACAGAAGGUUUUAUGGCGAUAUGAUGGAGAGAAGCCAGAUAGUCUUGGUGAAAACACCAGAAUCUAUAAGUGGAUCCCUCAGAAUGAUUUAUUGGGUCACCCCAAAACCAGAGCAUUCAUCACUCAUGGAGGCACUAAUAGCAUAUAUGAGGCCAUUUAUCAUGCCAUUCCAAUGGUCGGGAUCCCCUUGUUUGGUGACCAGCCUGAUAAUUUAGCUCAUAUGAAGGCCAAAGGUGCUCCUGUGGUCAUGGAUAACAUCAAAACCACACAGCCACAAGACCUGGUGGAUGGACUCAAUGCCGUCAUUAAUGACCCCUCGUAUAAACAAAAUGCUAUGCAUUUGUCCAGGAUUCAUCAUGACAGACCAAUGAAGCCUUUGGAUGAGGCUGUGUUCUGGAUUGAGUUCGUCAUGCGCAAUAAAGGCGCUAAACACCUGCGUGUCGAGGCCCACAACCUUACCUGGUACCAGUACCACUGUCUGGAUGUGUUCGCUUUUCUUAUCACUGUCUUGACUGUAGUCCUCUAUGUCUUCUUUAAAAUGUGCAAAUUCUUCAUUAUGCGUUGUUGUUUUAGAUCAAAAAGGAAAAGCAAAAAAGAAUGAUCAAGCUUUUUUCUUACUUGGAACAUUCUGUAGGAUAUAUUAAUUUUUUACAUGCACUGAAAACUAGAGGUCAUGUCAGUGCACUAUUAAUCCUGGGGAUUCAUGUUUAAAGAUUUCACAAUUCAUGUUUAAAGAUUUCACACUGUACAUAAGGUUCAACUAUGAAAAUGCUGCCUUGUUAUUCUGUUCUGGCUGUUUUAAGUCUGAGUCAUACGAAAAGAAAUAAUAGGCCUAAGUCUUUCAGACAUUGAAACUAAACAGAAUAAAUAUGCACUUGUUUUGCAAUUCAUUUACUGUUCAUUAUGAACAAAUUAAUCAAAAGUUUUCAGUUUGAGUUGUUUAUUUUAUUUUGCUGAUAUUAUGCUUUUUGAAUCAAGCUAGGAGCAUGGGGUAUGUAAAGAUCAGCUGGCUUUUUGACAAGAAAUAAAAAUAAGGCUAUGAGUGAGUGGCUUUCUGGAAGCUGCUAAUGAGAUGAGAUUGUAAAACAAUAAUAUCAGACAUUUUUGUCAUAUAUCUUUUUAUGUAAAAACACAGUGUGAGAUCUACUGCCUCACUCCCAUUGCCUUUGGGUAUAUGUGACCCUGGACCACAAAACCAGUCAUAAAGGUCAAUUUUUUGAAACUGACAUUUAUAAAUAAGCUUUCCACUGAUGUAUGGUUUGUUAGGAUAGGACAAUAUUUGGCCAAGAUACAACUAUUUGAAAAUCUUCAAUCUGAGGGUGCAAAAAAUCUAAAUAUUGAGAAAAUCACCUUUAAAGUUUUUAGCAAUGCAUAU